UGCACAUAUAUACUCUCUAACGGCUAGUCGGUGGAUCACAAAUUAACGCAAAAAUAAAACCAAAACCAGUCAAAAGUGAAAUGGAAGCACUGUGGAAAAUAGAGGACAAAUGGAGGGUAACAACACAAGAAGCAUUGCUCGUAUUUGUAUGCAGUGCACUUGCUGUUAUAGGCGUAUGCACUCUAACUAUACUCAAAAGAAAAACCAACAGAAAAAUAUUUGUCGAGUCACCUGUGACAGAUAAUAAUAAUACGAAGUGGGUGACAGUGAGGAGGAUAUUGAUGGAGUCAAUGAGGUGGAGUGACUCUAAUAGAUGGGAGGAGAUAGGCAGUAGUGGCGGUCGGUCUCCGGUCACGGCGCGGCAGAGCCAGAACUCAGUUGCAGAAGUGUGGCAAAGGCCGAUAUUAAUGGGGGAGAAAUGUGAGUUGCCUAGGUUUAGUGGACUUAUUCUGUAUGAUCAGACCGGUGGACUGCUUCAUCAGUACUCGUCAUCUCAGUAGGAAAAUCCAGGUGCUGUUCAAAGUAGAACAUUCAAAGAUUUGCUGUAACUUCAAUUGGCAACUGGAAAGUUGUAGUGAUGGUUGUAUUAUUAAUUCAAAGACACUACUGUAUAUGUUUCAUAUAAACGCGUACUCCUCCUCUUCCAUUUAAAAAAUUUCUUUGUUAUUUUUAUGUUUAAAAAGUUUCGAUAUA